AUGGACGCAUUACUUUCUCUCCCGGUACUCGGCUACUUUCUAGGACCCUCGACGUUUUCUACCAGUCUCAACCUUCUGUUCUUUUAUAUGGUAAGUAAACACGUCUGAUUACUAGCUUCAAGUACUAAUAAAGAUCUCAGACAUGUAUGUCCAACACCUCAAAUACCAAAAAAUCUGUUCAGCAAGUAACAAAAUGAACAGGGAGCACCUUAGUUCUCUCCCAACCGCCUCUGAAAGUCGAGGUAGUGGGAACAUUAGGAAUCCGAAUAUUAUUCUUCCUCUUGCCCUCAACCGUCUUCCUCAUAUUUGACAGCCUUCUACCAAGUAUCGCAGUGAGCAUCAAAACUCAAGGGGAAGCAGCCUUGCCCACUCGCGCAACGGGCUCGCGAAGAUUAAAAAGAGAAAGUCCGGUUUGGUAUCGUGUUAUUGCUCUAAGCCUCUUCAACACUCUCCUGGGGGUUGCGGUCCAAGCUAUUGUGGAAUCGAUACUUACGGAGGUCUUGGAUUGGAGAAGCGCUUUGCAAGUCACGACUACCCUCCCUAUGCCCUGGUCCAUCGCCAAACAUGUUUUACGCGGACUUGUGAUGCGAGAAGUAAGGAAUUGUUUUCUUAUCGUAGUCCAUAUCUAACAAUAAACAGGUCCUACAAUAUUACAUCCACCGCUUCAUCCUCCAUCCCAGCAACCCAAACCAUCUCAGCCGCCUCCACAAAACUUACUUCCACUCCAUCACCUCCCCAUACUCAUUCACAGCACACUACGACCAUCCCGCAUCCUACCUCCUCUUCCGCUUCCUCCCCACAUACCUCCCCUCCAUCCUCUUCCGAACACAUCUCCUCACCUACCUCAUGACCCUCUCCAUCAUCACCUUUGAGGAAACCUGUACCUCGUCCGGCUAUAGCAUCAUCCCAGGCAUCAUGCUCGGUGGAAUGACUCGAAGACAUGACCUCCAUAGUCGAGGGCGCGGGAAGGGGAAUUUUGCACCGCUGGGAAUCUUGGAUUGGAUUCAUGGGACGAGUGUUGGGGCGGAUGUUGUGGAUGAUGUGAGGGAUGAGGCGGAUAGACAUCGUGUUGGUGAGAGGAGUGGGAAGACGGUGAAGAGGGCUAAGGAGAGUGGGAGGGAGGGGUUGAGGUCUUGGAGUGGAAGGAAGAAUGGGAGGAAGUAGUGGGUUUUUGUUUUGGUGGAGCUGGAGAGGAUGGUUCAGGCGUAUGGUUCGGAUGGAUUUUUGAUGAUUUGAUACCCCCUUUUCUAUCGCUAAAGCGCAGAGACGGUUUCUUACACCUUAGUAAUAUUGGGCUAUUGAAUUGCAAGACAAUUAGGCAAAACUCUAGACACGUAUAUAAAACCCUUUUAUAAUAGAACUCCU